GCUGUGCUCCCCUUGUCCACGAGCGGGUUAAAAACCCCCUUGAAACGACCCCCACUUGCUCCUGCUGCCUCCAGGGUGUCCAGGUGAAGGGACCCUCCCCCAGCAGCUGCCAUGGGUUCGGUUUUUCCCCUCCCCUCCGGCAGCAGCGCUGCCCCGAGGCAGAGGAAGGCAGCUGAGGAGGAGGAGGAGGAGGAGGAGGAGGAGGAUUUACUCGACAGCCAAGACCGUGUGGAAGACAUUGCCAAGUUCCCCUACGUUGAAUUCACGGGCCAGGACAGCAUCACUUGUCCCACUUGCCAAGGCACUGGCUGCAUCCCCACAGAGCAGGUGAAUGAGUUGGUGGCCCUGAUCCCCUACAGCGACCAAAGGCUUCGUCCCCAGAGAACGAAGCUCUAUGUCCUGCUCUCGGUGCUGCUCUGCCUCCUGGCCUGCGGGCUGGUGGUUUUCUUCCUCUUCCCACACUCCGUGCUGGUGGAGGACGAGGGGAUUAAAGUGGUUCAGGUGUGGUUCGACCACAAGAACUCCGUCGUCCUUCUGGCUGUCACGGCCACCCUGAGGAUCAGGAACUCCAACUUCUACUCGGUGGCAGUGGCCAGCCUGAGCAGCCAGGUGCAGUACAUGAACACGGUGGUGGGCACCCAGCAGGUCACCAACGUCUCCAGCAUCCCCCCCCUGAGUGACAAACUGGUGAAUUUUACCGUCAAGGCAGAGCUGGGUGGACCUUUCUCCUACGUGUAUUUCUUCUGCACAUACCCCAAGGUGAAGGUCCACAACGUCGUGAUCUUCAUGAGGACCUCGGUGAAGUUCUCCUACGUGGGGCACACGAGCCAGAGCUCCGUGGAGCGGUACCGGUACGUGGAUUGCAGCUCCAACUCCACCCACCCUCUGGCACCUGGGGCAGCCUGAAGG